AUGGCUGGUGUAAGGAGAGUCAACGGGAAAUUCUCUGGGAUAAAUCCAGCCGUCAGUUGCUGUCGUCUGCGUCAGGUCCAGGCUCUGCUCUGUGAAGCUGGCACUGCCAGUCCCGAUGGCAUCCUGUGCUCUCUUGGAAUUGACAGCAGAUAUAAUAGUGGAUGCACGGAGCUGGCAAAGUACUUGUUCUAUGGACUAUAUGGAAGAAGCCAAGCAAACUUUGAACAGGCCCUUGAAGAAUUUCCGGAAGAAAUGCUUGAUGAUGUGAUCCUGCUCAUAAAGGCAGAGUGUGUUCAUCUGUACUGCAACCCACUGAACUACAUUUACCUGUUGCCCUAUGUGUCACACUGGAGGAACCUGUGUCUUUAUUGCAUGACAGAGGCUGAGUAUGAAGAUGAAGAAGCAGCCGAGGAAUUCAAAAUUUCCAGUUUUGUGUCAAUGGUGCAGGGCUGCCAUCGUAUUGGAGUACCUUACAGUUCACAGGGACACAACCAGAAGUUUGAUAUAUUUAUGGUGGAAAAGUGGCCCUUGAUUCAAGCUUUUGCCCUGGAAGGCAUUGGUGGUGGAAGUUUUUUUACCAUGAAAUACAAGUUAAUGGACAUGAGUGAAAAGUUGUGGCAGGUUUACAACAGACUGGACCUGGUGUCUCUGGAUAACCUGUUCACAGAGGACCUGUCAAGCUUUGAAAAGCAGUGGAGUAGCUUUUUUUCCAGCAUGGACCUGGAGAGUCAUCUGUCUAUCCUGGAACUGUCAGAGGCACAGGCAGGGGAGUCUAUUUUCAUUGAUCCACAGGCAUUUCGCACUUACUACACUCAUGGAUUGAUUUCUAGCAACAUCACAGAUAAAAGUAAGAGUCGGCAGCCUUUUAUGUUGUUUGGGAAUCAUUCUUCUUUAGAGGAGUUGGAGAGCUACUUGUUCAACUUUCCCUCAGAGAGUCAUCAGGUCCGCAACACUGGGCUUCAAGGAUCUCCAGCCAAACAUAUGAUUAUUCAGUGUGCGGCUCCAAAAGGACCUUUAGCCUGCUCGCGAACCUUUUUCUUUGGGACAACCCACGCACCAUAUAUUGGGAAUCAAAUGACAGAGCAAAAGAAAACAGAAGUUUUAGUUUUGUCACAGAUUUAUUCAGCUGCUGUUCAAGGAGUUCUUUCGGGAAUUAAAUGCUUUUCCUGCACCUCCAGUGCUACCAAGGCCAAGGAUGUGGCAGAGAACACCUUUCUGGUGGCACUGGACUCAGUAAAUUUAAGUCAUUACCGGAGCCCUCUCAGGUCUAAAUGUGAAUUCAACAUUCAAGCAGUGAAUAAGCAAGGAGUGCUGAUUCCUCUGACUGAAGAAGACAGUCGUUAUGUAGUAAAAACAGCUUCCCUGAUUGUACAUGACAUCCCAGACCUGCAGUGGAACAGGGGGGACCUUGGCUCGGUGGUAUUCUCUGAAUCUUUUCUAGAAUCCAGCAUCAACAUUCAGCAGAGAGAUGGCACUGUGUCCUCAGACAGCUGUUACACUAUCCUGACUGCGACUGUGCCUCGCUAUUCCUGCUGGCUGAUGGAAUCUGAUGUCAAGCAGUCUGAGCAAGCCCAACAUCUGGCUAAAAAAGAGGAUGGUGGUUACCUGGGAGCUGUGCUCACCAUGGCAGAUGCAGCAUAUGUGCUCUCCAGCAGCCAGCUGUCCUCACCUGAGGAAGGGAAAAUCAUUUUCUUCUCUGAGGGGUUCCUCUUUAUCCAUUCUCAAUAUGGGUGCAUCACGCUCUCGAGGGAUCACAUCAGAAAAGUCAAGUUCUAUGAUCCGGACUCCAGUGGUGUGACUUCUCUUUUUGUGGAUUAUGAGGCCGGCCUGCUCCCGCACCUCCCAUUCCCUCUGCACAGCCCCGACCAGUGUUUGGCUUUUGCUCUUCAGCCCCGGUCUAAGAGUCACAAGACUUUCUAUUCUAAGGUUUUGUCAGUGUGGAAAAAUGAAGAAUCUGGGAUCACUCUGCAGUUACUGGACCAGGAGCACCUGUCCUCCAACCAGAGAAACAUGUACAUGCACACCAGACUUCAGAAGCUACAUGACAGUCAAGAGCCACCAGUGGCCAAACGCAAAGGCAGUCUUAAGAGCUCCCACUCCCAGCUGCCCGAACUGGAAAUGUUUCUUCAGCAUUUUGCAUUGAGCAGCAUCAGUCAGGGGCCAAUUCUGUAUGACCACCUGGAGGUGCUCUUCCCCUCUGCAGAGCUGAGGAACCCAUCCCCUGGUCAGGGAGACAAGGUCGUCAUCACCAUCAUCACAGGGCUACCAGGAAGCCAUAAAGAGAGACUUUGCGACUUUCUAGUCCAACUGAACAAGGAAUAUGGAAGGUGGGUGGUGUAUGAGUCUGACAGCUUCUCGGCCUCACACCUCCAGCAGUAUUUGUCCAGCUUCCUAGAGAGCCAGAGACACACAAAAGGCAAACCUCGCCUGUUGCUGCUCACGCCUGGAUACACAGACAUUCUGGAUGUGGUUCAGGCUGUGCUCUUUCAUCCUGACCCCGUUGUCCAAGCAUGUUUCACCGUAGGUGCCGUCACUGCUUGUGUGGACCCUCUCGCUUCCUGCAUGGAGCAUAGGCUAGCUUUCCCUAAGCUGCUGGAGCAGUGCAGCCAAGGUAUUGUGAGUACAGUGGUGUUCACCGGGCUGACAGCAGAGAAGCGCCCUCUCAUGCAGCAUGUUCAGCAGCUGGUACGCUCUGCCAACCCCACAGCCGCCUUCAUACAGGCAGAGAGGGGAGCUGUCACCAGAAAUGAAGACGUGAGUCUCAUUCUGUCCGAGAGCAGCUUCAGUGAGCCACAGAUGCUGAGAGCACGUUAUGUCCUCUACCCUGGAUGGUGCAAAGGCAGCUUCUUCUCUGGUUCUGGGACUCCGUUCCUCACUCAGCAACGCGUUGCUUUCAGCCGGCCCCUGGAGAGGCCUCUAUUUGUCAGCCGCUGUAAAGAGCUCAAGGCCUCACUGAAGCCAAGUCCCUUCAGAGGAAACGUAUACAACAUUUGGGGCAAAGUCCAAUUUUCUGACUGCGACCAGCCAAUGGAGGUGUGCUACAACACAGUGAGCGGGAGUCUCAGCAUCGUCCCAGAAGGAGGCAUCAACCCUCUGCCCGCAGGCCCCAAGGACGUGGACACACCCUGCUUCCUGAUUUUUGACGGAGUCGGCCUCAGCGAGGAUGGACUCAAAGACUGGCUGAGGCUCUGCGCCAAGCAGAGGCAGCCGAUGAAAACAAAGAAAACUAAAAAUACCCUGUCACCUCAAGAAAUCAAGAGCAUACAUAUGGCGAAACACUUGGACCCACUGCCACCGGGUUACUUCUACAAUGGCUAUCACUAUGUCGACAUCUUUGGGGAGAGAAAAAACUUUCAUCCCAACAUGGACGAGUUUAUUAAAGAGCACAUCGCCGCAGCCAACAAAGAGAUCGAGCAUUUCAACCACCAGCUGGAGUUUCAUGGACAGCCUGACCUGUUCGACCCAUGA